AUUCCAGUGGAGCGCUCUGUCGUUUCCCUGGAGCUAACUAGGAGCUAGCAAGGGGGGAGGCGGUGUGUGUGUGUGUGUGUGAGGGGUGGGACUACUGCCUGAAAGCUGACCAGCCGGCACGUCAGCUGCUCUACUCUUGUUUUACCACUUUUUCCUUUUAACCUUGGCCAGCUGCGCAGGUUGGGCCUGCUUCUUUAUCUGCUGCAGGUUUAGACGGGAUCAGUGUGGAGGAUCUGGAGUAAACAGGCUUCCUUUUCCUCCUCCUGUGUUCCAAACACUCCAUAGCAACUGACAGCUCCUGGCGGACGUGCAGGAAGGAUGAUAGCGGCUCAGCUUCUGGCCUACUACUUCACUGAGCUGAAGGAUGAUCAGCUCAAGAAGAUUGAUAAGUACCUGUACUCCAUGCGGUUCUCUGACGACACGCUGAAGGACAUCAUGAACCGCUUCCGCAGGGGGAUGGAGAACGGACUCGGCCGGGACACCAACCCCACUGCUGCUGUGAAGAUGCUGCCCACCUUUGUGAGGUCCAUCCCUGAUGGAUCCGAAAAGGGGGACUUCAUUGCUCUGGAUCUUGGGGGGUCAAGCUUUCGGAUCCUGCGUGUCAAAGUGACUCAAGACAAGAAGCAGCCUGUUCAGAUGGAGAGCCAGGCUUACGAUACACCUGAUGACAUCAUCCAUGGGAGUGGCACACAGCUUUUUGACCAUGUCGCUGAAUGUCUGAGUGACUUUGUGGAGAAGCAGAAGAUCCAGGAUAAACGUCUCCCGGUGGGGUUUACAUUCUCCUUCCCCUGUGUCCAGAGCAAGCUGGACGAGGCCGUCUUGGUGACAUGGACAAAGAAGUUUAAAGCCAGCGGCGUGGAGGGCAUGGAUGUGGUGAAGCUUCUCAACAAGGCCAUCAACAAACGAGGGGACUACGAGGCAGACAUCAUGGCGGUCGUGAAUGACACCGUAGGAACUAUGAUGACGUGUGGAUUUGAUGAUCAACGGUGUGAAGUGGGAAUCAUCAUUGGAACAGGAACGAACGCCUGCUACAUGGAGGAGCUGCGUCACAUUGACCUAGUGGAGGGGGACGAAGGCCGGAUGUGCAUUAACACUGAGUGGGGGGCCUUUGGGGAUGACGGCUCCUUGGAAGACAUUCGCACAGAGUUUGACCGAGAGAUUGACAGAGGUUCCCUCAACCCAGGAAAGCAACUAUUUGAAAAGAUGGCCAGUGGAAUGUACAUGGGAGAGCUGGUUCGACUCAUCCUGGUCAAGAUGGCCAAAGAGGGGCUGCUGUUUGAAGGACGAAUAACCCCUGAGCUGCUGACAAAGGGAAAGAUUGAGACUAAACAUGUCUCUGCUAUUGAAAAAACUAAAGAAGGACUGAAGAAAUGUAUGGAGAUACUGACACGUCUGGGUGUGGAGCCUUCUGAUGAGGACUGCCUGGCCGUGCAGCACGUUUGCACCAUCGUUUCCUUCCGAUCUGCAAAUCUGAUCUCUGCUACUCUGGGAGCCAUCCUUUCCCGUCUAAAGGACAACAAAGGAGUUGCCCGCCUUCGUACAACAGUGGGCAUCGAUGGUUCCCUCUAUAAGAUGCACCCUCAAUAUGCUCGCCGUCUGCACAAGACAGUUCGCCGUUUGGUUCCAGACUCCGAUGUUCGCUUCCUGCUGUCAGAGAGUGGCAGUGGAAAGGGCGCAGCCAUGGUGACAGCAGUGGCAUACCGUCUCACUGAGCAGGCGCGGCAGAUUCAACAGACUUUGGCCGAAUUCAGGCUGAGCAAAACUCAGCUGCUAGAGGUGAAGAAACGCAUGAGAGUGGAAAUAGAGCGCGGCCUGAAGAAGGACACCCACAAGCAAGCUACGGUCAAAAUGUUGCCAACUUUCGUCCGAAGUACACCGGAUGGGACAGAAAACGGAGAUUUCCUCGCCCUGGAUCUAGGAGGAACAAACUUCCGUGUGCUUCUGGUUAAGAUCCGUAGUGGGAAGAGGCGAUCGGUGGAGAUGCAUAACAAAAUCUACGCCAUUCCAAUAGAAGUCAUGCAGGGCACAGGAGAAGAACUUUUUGACCACAUUGUGCACUGCAUCUCAGACUUUCUGGACUACAUGGGAAUGAAAAGUGCUCGACUUCCACUGGGCUUCACCUUUUCCUUCCCCUGCCAUCAAACCAGCCUGGACGCAGGAAUCCUGGUUACCUGGACAAAAGGCUUCAAGGCCACAGAGUGUGAGGGAGAAGAUGUGGUGGAGCUCCUACGUGAGGCCAUCAAGAGAAAAGAGGAAUUUGAACUGGAUGUGGUCGCCAUAGUGAAUGACACAGUGGGAACCAUGAUGACUUGUGCCUACGAGGAACCCACAUGUGAAGUUGGACUGAUUGCAGGCACGGGGAGUAAUGCUUGCUACAUGGAGGAGUUGAGGAACAUUGAGAUAGUACCAGGAAAUGAGGGCCGUAUGUGUGUCAAUAUGGAGUGGGGGGCAUUUGGAGAUAACGGUUGUCUUGACGACAUCAGAACGAAGUACGACCAGGCUGUGGAUGAAAACUCACUCAAUGAGGGCAAACAAAGAUAUGAGAAGAUGUGCAGUGGAAUGUACCUGGGUGAGAUUGUGCGGCAGAUUCUGAUUGACCUGACCAAGCGGGGUUUCCUGUUCCGGGGACAAAUCUCAGAGACACUUAAAACCAGAGGCAUCUUUGAGACCAAGUUCCUGUCACAAAUAGAGAGUGAUCGUCUGGCGCUGCUGCAGGUCAGGGCCAUUUUACAGCAGCUGGGACUCGACAGCACCUGUGACGACAGUAUUAUCGUUAAAGAGGUGUGUGGGACGGUGUCCCGCCGUGCUGCUCAGAUCUGCGGAGCAGGGAUGGCCGCGGUUGUGGACAAGAUCCGUGAGAACAGAGGACUGGACCACCUGGAUGUUACUGUGGGCGUGGACGGCACACUCUACAAGCUGCACCCACACUUUUCUCGGAUCUUCCUGCAGACGGUGAAAGAUCUUGCUCCCAAAUGUGACGUGAACUUCCUGCUGUCCGAGGACGGCAGCGGGAAGGGGGCUGCUCUCAUCACUGCCGUGGGCUGUCGCCAGAGGGAGCUGGAUGCCCAGCAGCACUGAGGAGCUUCGUUGCCCACCUGCUGCUCCACCGUGACCUUCACCUGCUGCACAGCCCGAAUCCAUGUCCCCUUGGCAGCCGUGACUCCACCUCCUCCCCAUGAUCCAGUCUGAGACAUGCUGCAUUAAUGGUGUUCUAAAGGAAGACCCAAAUAUUUAUUCAUCCUGUUAGAGAGUUUAUUGUUUAUCCGUUUGUACAUUUUCCAUAAUAGAUUGUCAAUAAUCUGAUAACUCCUUUGGUGUGCAAUACUUGUGUACUGCUACUUUUAUUUUUAUAUGGAGGCAAAUAUAUAACAGUGUUUAUAUCGCUGCAUCCCAGAUGUUCCGGGGACUUUGCACCACACAAAAGCUCAUGUCUGCACUUUUUAUAUGACGCCACAUUAGCGGUGUUUCAAUGUGGUUACCUAUUGAAGGACAUGGUCCUAACGGGACCAGCUCCGCCAGGGCUCGUUCAUGAAGGAUUGAAUGCAAAAGUCACGGCUGUUAAACUACUGUCAACACUCACAGGAUGUGCGAGGCUACAACCCCCCGUUUGUGUAACUGUGUGUGUGUGUAUGGAUGUGUGUGUGUUCCACAGAUUCCUGCAGCACUGUACCAUUCACUCUUUAAGAGAGGACAAGGCAGAAGGAGGAAGUGUUAGCAUAACUUAUUAGUAUUUGUGAUUUACUAUACUUAUGGUGUUGUGUUGAAUCCUAAUUCUAUUGACUGUAUGUGCAAAAGAAUAAAUGUUUAUCGGGUCCUGAGAACAGAGUAGAUACGAGCGCGCUUCUGUGUGUAUUUGUGUCCUGCUGUGGAAACCUGUAGCUUUUAAUGUCCAAGCUCUGUGGACACUGCAUGCCUUACCUGAGACAGGAAGUGUUGCAUCUUUUUUUUUUACAUCAAUACAGAUUUGUGAUCAUGUCACAAAAAAUGGUUAAUUAAAUUACUUUCUGUUGUGGAUUAA